CAAAACAUUAAUUUUCCUUCAAGAAACUCCGGAAUCGUUCUAUUGGUUCAUCUUUUUAUCCUGUCUGAAUCUGCAAAAUCGAUGGAGAUGGAGGACUCUGAAGCAGGAAGGUAUUGGUGCUACCAGUGCUCGAAGAUGGUGAACCCGAUCCUGGAGGAGGUGGAGGCCUUGACCUGCCCGGUAUGCCUGACCGGAUUCUUGGAACUGAGGGAAUCCGCGGUGGAAUCCGGCGACGCUUCUUCCCCAGCUCUGUCGCAGAUCCUCGCGGCGAUGCUGGAAAACCUCCGCGAGCUGCACAGCGUCGUGUUGGAAGGCCGUGGGCCCCAGGGAGACCUAAACGGCGGCGAGAAUGACUUGACUUUGAGAUCUGCUGUUGCCCUUCUCCGGACCCUACGAGCCAUUCCAACUGAAACCCCAACCGAACCAUUGAAUCCCCAAGGGGAUAAUAGUGAUGCUGAGAAUGAUGAGAACAAUGGGAGCUCUGCCGCCGCCGCCGCCAUUAUCCAGCUCCUUCAAAAUCAAGUUCAUGAAACCCUAACCGAAUUGCCCAACCCCGAUGAGGGCACCCGCGGUCGAAACGGGCAACGGCAAAUCGGCACAUUUGGGGAUUACGUCUUUGGCCCCAACCUCGACGCCAUCGUGGAGCUCCUGACCGAGACUGACCGGAACCGGUACGGGACCCCACCUGCCCGGAAGGACGUGGUGGCGGGGCUGCCCGAUGUCAGAGUCGAGGGCGGCCCGUACCCUAACGGGUCGUCCGGGAGCUGCACCGUUUGCUUUGAGGAGUUUCGGGCUGGAACCGUGGUGAAGGAGAUGCCCUGCAAGCAUAGGUUCCACAGUGAGUGUAUCUUACCAUGGCUAGACCUCCAUAGUUCUUGCCCGGUCUGCCGGCACCGGUUGCCCGCCGAGGAGGAAUCGGAACCCGAACCGGACGAGAGGGACGACGGGUCCCGGGAUGACAUCAGCAGCAGUUCGAGGAGAGAUGGAGAAGAAGAGAGUGAUGGGAGUGGUGGCCGGCGGUGGGUUUGGGGGCCGUUUGUGUGGCCGUUUUAGUUAGUUUGGAGUUUUUGGUCCCCUUUUUAGUUAGUUUGCAGAUAUGGUUUAGGUACUGUUUGGGUUAUUAUUGUGAAACCAGAUUUUAGUGCGAUUCUGUUAUGGGUUUAUUUG